GGUCCGUUCGUCAUGCGCAGCAAACGAUAAGAAUGAAGCGCGAAUGAUUUAAGUUCGCAGCUCGUUCUUUCCUUAUCCCCAAACAUACCUCCCAUCAUUUCAGACCAUCAUCCAGCAACAUAGCGCAAUGGGCAAGAAGCGUGUUUUGGUCAGCUACGGAGUAGAUAUCGACGCUGUAGCCGGAUGGCUGGGGUCAUAUGGCGGAGAGGACAGUUCCAAUGACAUCAGUCGAGGCCUCUUUGCCGGCCAUAUCGGCACAACGCGACUGCUGAAGCUAUUCGAGAAGUAUGGCAUCAAAGCGACAUGGUUCAUCCCCGGUCAUUCGCUUGAGACCUUUCCGGAAGAGUGCGCCAUGGUCCGCGAUCAGGGCCACGAGAUCGGUCUCCACGGAUAUAGCCACGAGAACCCAACCGACAUGACUAUCGAGCAACAGCGUGACAUCCUGGACAAGACCUACCAUAUGAUAUAUAAUUUCUGCGGCAAGCCGCCACGAGGCAUCGUUGCUCCAUGGUGGGAAACGAGCAAAGAAAUGGCUGAUCUGCUGCUUUCCUAUGGAAUCGAGUACGAUCAUUCCAUGUCUCAUCAUGAUUGCCAGAUGUACUGGCUGCGAACAGGCGACUCGUGGACUAAGAUCGACUAUAAGCAGAAGGCUGAGACGUGGAUGAAGCCCCUCGUCCGGGGCCAGGAUACAGGACUUGUCGAGAUCCCCGGAAAUUGGUACAUCGAUGACUUGCCGCCGAUGAUGUUCAUCAAAUCGGCACCGAACAGCCAUGGAUGGGUGAAUCCAAGAGACAUUGAGGACAUCUGGAAGGAUCACUUUGACUACUUCUACCGCGAGUACGACGAGUUUGUUUUCCCGAUGACCAUACAUCCCGAUGUGUCUGGACGUCCGCAUGUGCUCCUAAUGCAUGAGAGAAUCAUUGAGCAUAUCGACAAGCACGAAGGCGUAGAAUGGGUGACAUUCGAGCAAAUGUGCGACGAGUUCAAGAGCAAGAACAAGCCACCCGAGGGGGCAAGAAUGCCUGAAGCUCCCAUGCCUCUAAAGCCGGCUUGACGAAAACCUGACUGCAUGAGACCACUGCGCUCUCCCAGGAAGUAUUGAAUCAACUGCAGCCAAAGAGUAGUUCCUUCAGCUAGUACCCUGACAUUGUAUAUAAUCCGGAGCUCUUU